AUGGGAGGCAGAGAUAUCACAUGCACAGAACCAGCCGCUGACAUUGUAUUUGUUCUGGACUCCAGUGGAAGUAUCGGUUCCAGCAACUUUCAAAGCAUUCUCUCCUUUGUUCGGGACAUGACCAGUUCAUUUGAUUUUACUAAUGGAAAAACAAAAGUUUCCGUUGUGACCUUCAGCUCUCGAGUUUAUGAAGCAUUCCCUUUAAAUGCAUAUCAAACUGCCUCAGCAAUUGGGGAUGCUGUUUCUAGAGUACCAUAUUAUGCAGGUGGCACAGACACUGCCUCAGCACUUCGAUAUGUGGAAAACAACAGUUUUAUUGCUUCGAAAGGAGCAACAAUGAAUUCCAGCAGAAUUGUGAUCGUAAUAACAGACGGACAAUCUAACAACCCCGCCGACACAAAAGUAGCUGCUGAAGCGCUGCGAUCUAUCGGAGUCACUACAUAUUCCAUCGGCAUCGGGAGUGGAAUUGGACAAAGAGAGUUAGAAAACAUUGCCUCUGAUAUCAGUCACGUAUUUAGAGUGUCCGACUAUAAUGCUCUUCAACAGGUCCAGCUAUCCCUGGGUGGUGAAAAUUGUCAUGUUGUUGAUAUUUAUUUGCCAUGGGAGUCAUCUGGAAAAUCUCCAAAUUAUCUCUGGAAUAGUCCCAACACUCGAGCAACUCCAGUAGAUAUUGAGACGUCGGCAUACACACUCCUCUAUUAUAUGAAGAGUCAGAAAUAUGUUCAUGCGCAGAAAAUACUGAAAUGGAUUCUAAAACAAAGAAAUGCAAAUGGAGGCUUUGCGUCCACUCAGGACACCGUUCUUGCCUUACAAGCAUUGUCCGAGCUUACACAUUCCCCGUCUGGUAAUUCACUCCUAAACUUAAAUGUCAAGGUCAACACUCGCAAUGAAAGUCACAGUUUCAAUGUAAAUGAAAGAAACAAGAUGGUUCUUCAGAAAUUUCAGCCCUCUGGAGUUCCAGACAUAGUCAAUGUUACAGCUAGUGGGCACGGAGUGGCUUUGGUCCAGGUGGCAGUGAAUUAUAAUGUUCAGGAACAAAUAGAAAAACCAGCCUUCUUGAUCGAUGUAACAAGUCUGAAAGAAACUAUGGAAACCAUAACUACAAAGAUUUGUACAAGGUAUAACACAUCUACAGCUGUGGGGAGCGGUAUGGCUAUUGUAGAGUACGGCGUCCCGUCAGGGUAUGAAGCUGACAUGGAGAGCAUAAGCUAUCAUCAAAGUCUCAAGAAGUCAGAACUCGAUGACAGAAACGUGGUCCUAUAUUUUGAUGAGAUCACCAGUAAUGAGGUUUGUGUCACUAUUAAUGUGGAAAGAAGCACUUUGGUUGCAAAUAUCAAACCUUCACCUGUAGGAGUGUACGAGUAUUAUAAUCCAGAACACCAAGUAACAACUUUCUAUACACCUUCCAUCUUGAAGCAAACCAGUUAUUGUGAUGUUUGUCCAUCUUGUCGAUGUGGGACAAAGACGAAAUAAAGACUAUCCAUCGAUUAAAUGAAAAAAAAACUGUCCAGAUAUAACUUUUUAUUGUGUA